UUGUGAAGCAUAAACCCCAGGAGAGAGAGAGAGAGAGAGAGAGAGAGAGAGAGAGGAGAGAGAGAGAGCGGCUCUGUUUCUGCCGGGCACAGCGGACUCCCUCCUCUCUCUCCUUCAGUGUGCUGAACCUACAGGCGGCAGGUGUGUGCACCGACUGUCCGCCGAAGCGUUUCUCACUUCGAUCACGUUUGGGACCGAAUUUGGAUACUGAACCGAGACGAUAACUCACACUGUAAGUAGGCUGCCUACAGUACAGCCUGGCUGUGAUGCUGCUGCAGUGAUAGACAGCAGAGCAUCUUCUCCACUGUAUCGCACUGAGCCGGCAUCGUCAGCUGUUGCUCUAGCGGAGAGUGGAAGAGUCGGGAGCAACAGAAAAGGCCAAACUAUGCGACUGACUUUCUACCGGUGACCGUUUUCCACCUUAAGUCGACCGGGGAGCGGAUGCGAGCAGAGGUUGUCAACGAGCCUCUGACUAUUUUCAGCCCUUUGUCGGUGCCGGAGGAGCUGUGCCAAUGGAGAAAGCGACUCCGCCGCCCCAGCCUCAGCUCCAGCUGUCGAUAGCGAAGACUGAAAGUCCAGCGGAAGACAUCUCCGGUCUGACUGACGAGGAGCUGCUCAAGUGGACCAAGGAGGAUCUGGUGCGGCGGCUGAGGCGGUCCGAGUCCGACAAGAUGAGCGUGAUUCUGGACCACGGGAAUCUCAUCCGAGAGGUCAAUCGUAGCCUCCAGCUGCACUUGAACGAGAUCAGGGGGCUGAAGGACAUUAAUCAGAAGCUGCAGGAGGACAACCGUGAGCUGCGGGACUUGUGCUGCUUCCUGGACGACGACCGCCAGAAAGGCAAACGUGUAUCCAGGGAGUGGCAGCGCUUGGGACGUUACAGCGCCAGCAUCAUGCGCAAAGAGGUGACCCUCUACCUCCAGAAACUCAAGGAGCUGGAGCUUCGACAGGAGGAGGUAAUCCGGGAGAAUCUGGAGCUCAAGGAGCUCUGCCUGCUGCUGGACGAGGAGAAGGGGGUGGUAGGUGGAGUAAGUGGCGGCGGAGGAAGUGGAGGGGGAGGGGGUGUAGGGGUGGGAGGUUGCCGCAACUCCAUAGACAGCCAGAAUAGUUUGCUGCUGGUGCCCGGGCAUGGGCUCCUGAUGAGAGACGUGGGGGACGGGAGCAGCACCUCCAGUGCAGGGAGUGCCGACAGCUCCGAUCACCCUCACCAUAAGCAGCCUCACCUGGCUGCAGGGGUGGGUGGAGUUGGUAGUGGUGGGGAAAAAGGGAGCCCUGAGCUUGUGCACAAACCCAGGUGUAGCAGCAUCAGUGGAACAGGAGGUGGAGGUGGAGGAGAUAGGGAGGUGUCCAGCCCUGAGCACCCUGCUGGGCGCCACCGGAGUACAAGCCUGGAGUACCCAUACACCCUGCCCCAGCUCUGCCGGCCCCGCUGUGGCUCCAUAUCGGUGCCUGACCACAGUCGAGUCAUGCGGGGCCUCAGCCCUGAAAAAUACGGGAGGAACGUGGGCCGACGCAGUCCGGAGCAGCACCCCAAGCACCACAGCUCUGAUCUCCUCCUGGGCCAGAGGCAGCACUUCCUGGGUCAGGGAGGCAGUGGUGAGCUCUAUCAGAGGCACCACAGGAGCAGCAUUAGCAGUACUGGCUGCGGGAGCCCAGAGCCCCGGCAGGCAUAUUUAGGGAGCACUGAGCACCAUGAAAAGGGCUGCGCGGUCCAGGGAGGCAGUCCUGAAACUCAUAGGCACCAGUACAGUAUGAGCCCUGACCAUGUGAAAUUUGGCAGCCCUGUGAGAGAGGGGCAGAGGAGGCCGGCUGGAGACGAACUGUCGCCACAUCAUCGGAGCAUCUACAAUGGCAUGAAUGCUUUGAUAUCAGCCGGCUGCUGCACCAACAAUUGUAGAAAUGUCAAGCUAUGGGACAGCUUUGAUGCCUCUUCUUGACCCCAACUUGACCAGCUAGGCUCCUGCUUUUCUGGCCUUGAUAGACACGAGGGCCCCUGGACCCACCCUCCACGGCUCCGGAUGGUCUGUCGUCCAUGGCCUCAUCCGUGUCCAAAGCCCUGAAACAACCUGCCUCCAUGUUUUCAUUUCUACAUAUCCGGAGUUUUGGGGGAGGGGGUGUACGGUUGGUAAAACUUGUGAAGACUGCUGCAGCUAAAUGAAUUAGAGUGGAUAUUUCUCCCUGCCAACUGUGACACGGCUACCUCCCGGAGAGCACCCAGAGAAAGGGAGGGACGCUGGGGAUCGGUGAGAGAAGAUGUUUAGGACUCUCCCUGUUUACAAAUGCAGAUCACUGGUGGAGAAGCACAUCAAUUAAACUUUCUACACCCAGCUGUUGUAAUCUUAAUUAUUUCCCACACUCUUCCCUCUUUCUCUUAUUUCCCUCCCUGUUUUUCCACUCUCUCCCUCCACUCCUCCAUCUUCAAUAUCAUCAUCUUCAAAGUGUGUAAUGAGACUGGUGUAAUCUAAUGUUCUGUCUCUCAGUCUCCAAAUCCAGCUGAUCACAUGAUUGACAUCGUCUUCAACUUUUUCAGCCAUUUCAAAUGAAUUUAAAAACAAAACAAAAAACAUAUUUGUCAAAGAUGUUCUAGCAAAGAAAAAAAAACAACCUCUUCCUGUGUCUUAAACCAAGAUGGUCAACGUUACUAGCUGCUGACAGAUGUUCUAGUUCUAUAAGAUGCAAUGUUCAGGUGUAAUUUUUCUUUUUUGUAUUAACUUCUUUGCUCCCUUAAAGCACCUAUAUUGAAGCUGGGGAUAAAAUUAUACGUUUCUCCAUGUUGUUUUUUUACAAGGAAGUAAAGUCCAAGUAAAAAGUAGAUUAUUGGAUUAGUUUUCUAUAUAUCUAUAUAUAUAUAUAAAUAUAAUAUGAUUAUUAUUUUUGACUUACUGGUAUUAGAACUAUUAUAUGAAGAUGCAUAUGAUAUAUAUCAAAUAAUAAACAUACUUCUUUAUGUAAAAGUG